GUUCACCCAGCCCCUCGAAAUUGCAUUCGCUUUUCGACAUUACCUGCUGCGGCCAUGGCCCAUAUAAUCACGCCCCUUGACCAGCCCUCGAACUACAAGGACUCGCAGUCGCGGGUGGACCGCCAGACGCAAAACGACCUCCUCGCCAAGUCGAGCACUCUCUACGUCGGCAAUCUCAGUUUCUACACUACGGAAGAGCAAAUCUACGAGCUGUUCUCCAAGUGCACCACUCCUGAGGAUGGAGGCGGCAUUAAGCGUAUCAUCAUGGGUCUGGACCGCAACACCAGGACGCCGUGUGGGUUCUGCUUUGUUGAAUACUACACUCAUGCGGAGGCAUUAGCAUGCCUCCGGUACAUUAGCGGUACCAAGCUAGACGAGCGCAUCAUUCGGUGCGACAUCGACCUUGGCUACCGAGACGGACGACAAUUUGGCAGAGGCAAAAGUGGAGGCCAGGUCCGAGACGAGCACAGGCAGGACUACGACCCGGGACGUGGGGGAUGGGGGGCUCAAGCACAGCGGCUGGAGGCGGAGCGCAGACGGGAAGUCGAGGAGCGUUACAACGACGCUCAAGACGUCCCUGGCGCUGUCGCCGGAGGUGGAGGAGAAUGGAAGUCUGAGCACAACCAGGAAACAAUGGCAACGCUCAAACGUGGGCGGUCACCGGAAGACGAAGGAGAAAGCGGACGGGGGGAGCCCCGUGCACGAGUGGAGGAGUCGGAGCCCGACGCAGACCGCAUGUAAAGUGCCCCAAAGACACUUUUCUCCCCGUAUAUACUUCGCUUUCGUGCUCUGUACGCCUAUCGUUAUGAAUUCUUC